CCGCCACCGCCACCGCCACCGCCGAGACUCAGCCGGGCCGCUGUCAGUGUCGUCGCCGCCGCCGCCGCCGCCGCCGCCGCCAUGGCUCAAUACAAGGGCGCCGCAAGCGAGGCGGGUCGCGCCAUGCACCUUAUGAAGAAACGAGAGAAGCAGCGCGAGCAGAUGGAGCAGAUGAAGCAGCGGAUUGCAGAGGAGAACAUAAUGAAAUCCAAUAUCGACAAGAAGUUCUCUGCGCACUACGAUGCCGUGGAGGCAGAGCUCAAGUCCAGCACCGUGGGUCUGGUGACUCUGAAUGACAUGAAGGCCAAGCAGGAGGCCCUAGUGAAGGAGCGGGAGAAGCAGCUGGCCAAGAAGGAGCAGUCGAAGGAGCUGCAGCUGAAGCUGGAGAAACUGCGAGAGAAGGAGCGCAAGAAGGAGGCCAAGCGGAAGAUCUCUAGUCUGUCUUUCACCCUGGAAGAAGAAGAGGAGGGGGCCGAGGAGGAAGAGGAGGCAGCCAUGUACGAGGAGGAGCUGGAAAGGGAAGGCCAUUCUCUAAGUGGGGCCGGCAGACCACAAGCGUUUUCAUAUAACAAUGCCGACUUUCUUGCUCCAGAGGUCACCACGAAGAAGAGGAAAUUAGGGAAGAAUCCAGAUGUUGACACAAGCUUCUUGCCUGACCGAGACCGUGAGGAGGAAGAGAACCGGCUUCGGGAAGAGCUGCGGCAAGAGUGGGAAGCCAAGCAAGAGAAGAUCAAAAGUGAGGAGAUUGAGAUCACCUUCAGUUACUGGGAUGGCUCCGGGCACCGGCGGACAGUCAAGAUGAAAAAGGGCAACACGAUGCAGCAGUUCCUACAGAAGGCACUGGAGAUCCUUCGUAAAGACUUCAGUGAGCUCAGGUCGGCAGGCGUGGAGCAGCUCAUGUACAUCAAGGAGGACUUGAUCAUCCCCCACCAUCACAGCUUCUAUGACUUCAUCGUCACCAAGGCCCGGGGAAAGAGUGGGCCACUCUUCAACUUCGACGUUCACGAUGACGUGCGGCUGCUCAGUGACGCCACCGUGGAGAAGGAUGAGUCCCAUGCUGGCAAGGUGGUGCUGAGGAGCUGGUAUGAAAAAAACAAGCAUAUCUUCCCCGCCAGCCGCUGGGAACCCUACGACCCCGAGAAGAAGUGGGACAAGUACACGAUCCGCUGAGCAUCCUGGGAGGUGGCGUGGUCUCGGCUCCCCUUCGGCCUCCCCUGGCGCACCGCUGUGUCGUCGUGGCUCCGGACGUCUGGCUAUCCCAACCCUGGCAGCGUCAUUCUCUGCCUUUCUCUUUUACAAUAAAAAGAAUGCACUUGUCA